GGCGACGCGUCGCCUCCAUCCACGACCUCCACAAUUUUGUCUGCGACGAUUCGACACGAGAACAUACUAUUCUUGUUAGUAUCCUGGACGCCAGAAAGUCUCACCACUGCGACGGAAGGGCUGUUCCUGGCGGUGUACUGGGAUCAUUGAGAGAUGGCACACGCUAGAGAUGCAUUGUGGGAAAGCGGAUAUGACGAGUCUGUCGAGGUAAACCAACGUGCCCUGAUUGACAAAGUUCUGGCGCGGUACUCUGCCGAGUUCACAAUAUUUCGCGAACUUCUCCAGAACUCCGAUGAUGCUGGCGCGAAGAGAGUGGAGAUUCGGUUCGAGACGAAGGCAUACCUAGACCACAAGAAGGCGAAUGGUGCCGAGGACGCACCGUUGCCUCCGCUUGACCAGCAGGCUCUGGAUCGGAAGGCUGGCCUAGUGCAUCAGUGGUCGUUCAAGAAUGAUGGCAUGCACUUCAGAGAUGAAGAUUGGAAUCGUUUGAAGAAGAUCGCCGAGGGUAAUCCCGACGAAGAGAAGAUCGGUGCCUUCGGAGUGGGUUUCUACAGCUUGUUCUCCGUCACGGAGGAGCCAUUUGUAACGUCAGGAGGUCAAUGGAUGCAUUUCUACUGGAAGGACGGAAAGGAUCAGCUCUUUGUCAGACGAGGUAAACUUCCCAAUGCGGAGGACGUGGACGACCCCUGGACAACAUUUGAGAUGACUCUCCGUGAGCCGGCGCCGAUUCCGAAGGCGUUCGACCUCACCCGGUUCCUCGCAUCCUCAAUCACGUUCAUGAAACAGCUCUCCGACGUCAGCGUGUACCUCGACGACACACGUAUCUCGAGGUUGACGAAGCAGCCCGGAAUCAUGAAGUCCGUCGGAGUACCAAAGGGGUUGAAGAAUACAGGUCCAAAGGGCAUCAUGCAAGUCCGAGAUAUACAUACCACGCCUUUGUUUAUCCAGGCUGAACUCAUCCGGUGGGUAUACCUGGCAGGAAGCGAGAAAGUUGUACCACCAAAGCCUGCAGCAGCGACAGCGAAAUCCAGCGGGUUCUUCUCGUCCCUGUUCUCCUCGCUUUCAGGAACACACACCCCUCAACGUGCAACUACGCCCGUUCCACCUCCCGUUGUGGAGCAGAUCGACCCGACGACUGUCACCGAGACAAGUGUAAUGCUCUCGAUAUUCUCCGCGGACGUAUCAGUGAAGCUCGACACGAAGUUGAGAUCUGAGCUGCAUCGGUCGACCAAGAAGAACCCGCCUGCCAACAUGAAUCUGCACCUGAUCUACACUGGGAAAGACGAGUACGAUGCGAGCAAGAAGGACGACGAGAAGCAGCCGGAGAAGACGGGCAGCGUCUUCCAAGGACUUCGUGCUGACAUCGAGGGGACUGGCUCUGCGAGAAUAUUCAUCGGCCAUGCAACUAGCCAAACGACGGGCAUCGCAGGCCAUAUGGCGGCGAGAUUCAUCCCAACCGUCGAACGUGAAUCCAUUGACUUGAUGGAUCGCACAGUAGCCGUAUGGAACGAAGAGCUGCUAUACGUAGGGGGCUUCCUCGCUCGGGCUGGCUAUGAGCUGGAAUUGGACCAGAUUCGUCAGCUCUGGGCUGGAGUAGCAGGACAGAACCCCUCUGCGAAACUUGACAAAGAACUGACAACUUGGUUGUGCGCGAGGGCACUUCACGUCAUGAAGUUCUUUACCUUUCACCAGUCGACGCCCCUUGCCGAGGUGUCAAGGAAGAUGGAGGCCGCCUUCUUCCUGUGCGGCGGACCUCGUCAGCCAUUCCCACUUAUCUCUACAGCAGGUGUCCGCAACGCGUCGGACGUACGCAUUCCCGACGCGGCCUUCUCGGAGUUUGUGAAGGAGCUCCCUGUCAUCCCCGACGAGGUGUUUUCGGGUGCCAAACGCAUGAUCGGUGCUCUGCAGGACCGCGGGAUGGUCAAGAACAUCGAGUUCAUGGAUGUCCUGCAGGAGCUGCGCGCCCGUCCGCUCGCUGAGAGCGAGAUGAUCGCCUGCUUCAAGUGGUGGAUCGGUGUCCAGAGCCAAGGCGAAGCACGGACUCUCGGACAGGUUCGCACCGAGCUGUUAAACGCCGCCGUGCUGUGCCUUGGCGAGAAGGGGACCGCUGACGAGCGUAUCAUUCCGAUGUCGUCCAUCCAGACAUUCCUCAAUACGCGUACCAUGGGUGCUAUCCCCACGGACGGGCCCCUUCCUGCGCAUCUGCUACCUGUCAGCGUGAGCAGACACCUUGACCCGAAUCAGCUGGCGACCGCUUUCCCCUGGAGGGAAUUCACCGCUAUCGACUGGAUACGGCACAUCACCAGCGCAACUGAAUUCGACGUUGACCAUGACAUGACAAAGUCUCCGCAAUGGGCAGAGAGAGUCUUCCAGGUACUCGCGCGGAUGUGGCCGAGCAUGGCGAAGGGCUCCCAAGAAGAGACAGUGACAUUGCUGCGCGGAAAGACGUGCGUGCCCACGUCGGCAGGUUUGAAGCUUUCGGAGGAGGCGUAUUUUCAGAGUGCCCAUAUCUUCAAGGACUUGCCUAUUGUGCAUCUGCCUAGUGGCGCUCCGGUGAAGGGCGCAUUGGAGAAGGUCCUGACGGCCAUUGGUGUGCGUAGACAUGUGGAUCUACAGAUUGUGUUCAACAGGAUGAUCAAGACCGGUGACUGGACCACUGCGGAUCUGGUGAAGUACCUCAUUGCGGUCCAGAUGACCUUGAAUCCUGUCGAGAUCGAUCGCCUCCGAGUGACGGCAGCUUUCCCAAAGGAAGAAGAGGAUGAAGCGGAUAGCAAGCGGCUGCGCUAUAUGGCCAAGGACUUGUACGAACCCUCGGACGUCUUCCGACAGCUGGGGUUGCCGAUCAUUAACUGGGGACAACAACUUAGAUGGCGAGCAAACUCGGAGGAAGCAAAGUUUCUGUACAACCUGGGAUUGCAGCGAUUCCCCUCACUCCAUGUCAUCCUCGGACUAGCUGCCAGUGCGGACCAGAAAGUCCGCACUGUUGCGCUCAGAUACUUCCUGGAUAGUGUCGCGACGAAGUACUCGGAUUACGAUCCCAACAACUUCUCGCAAAUCGCGUUCAUACCUGCUGUCAAGGACGGCAAGCCGUAUAUGGCGAAGCCAUCAGAGGUUUAUGCGUCGUCGGAAUGGGCAAGUUUGGGGUUCUCAACCGUCGACCCGAGUCUCAAAGCCGACGCACUCACGAAGCUGAAAAUUCAUGAGCAUCCACCCACUGCGGCGUUGGUCAACCUGCUUCAGACGUCUCCCCCCUCCAAUGAAGCCAGCGCUCGGGAGUGGUUUGGAGUUCUAGCGGGACGGAUAGCAGAGUUCACGCCGGCUCAGCUGAAGACGCUCUCUGAAAUGCCCAUCAUCCCAGUCACAGCUCCCGGAGAGAAGCAGGCUCGCCUCAUGCCACCUUCUCAGUGCUACCUGCGUGGACAGACCGAGGCGCAACUACAUUCCAAGCUAUUUACCUUCGUCGACUUUGGCACUCGCGCGAACCAGUUCUUAUCAGCAUGUGGGUCGAAGCAAGAACCGUCUGUCGAGGAGAUCGCGAAGAUCAUUCUUGACGACCCGCGUAAGUUCUAUGAACUCGCGGGCGGUCGCGAUAGCUACCUAAAUGAACUUCGCAAUAUUGCGGUCAACCAUCGGCUCUUCUCGGGAGCGACGAUGACCCGUCUCAAGCGAUCGUCGGUGUUGCUGGGCUCACGACGUGUGAAGAAGCCAAGGCCAACGGAGAAAUCAAAGUCACCGGAUGACCUGGCCGACUUGGAGGAGGACGACUGGGAAUACGAGUACGACCUCCUCCCGGCGGGUCAGAUUGUGGUGGCGGACGACCCCAAUGCAUAUCAAGUGUUCGGAAAUGCGAUAUUCACCGCGCCUCAAGAAGAUCUCCUCGAAGCGUUCUACUUAGCGCUAGGUAGCAAGAUCUUGAGUUCCUUGGUGAAGCAGGAGCAUCAGACGACUACCGAGGUGCCCAAGUCGCCGAAGGCUGCGGAGAUACGAUCUCUUAUUCUGGAGCGUCUACCCUUGUUCCUACACGAGCAUACCCAUGCUGCUCCGCGCGUCAAGUUUAGCUGGCUCAACGAUGACAAACACUUCAUCGUCAGGAUGUAUGGUAAACUGACAGUUGUGAAGACGUUGCAGUUUGGGACCAUUCGUGCAACUCAGAUGCAAGAGUCGUCUGCUCUGGCCCGGCGGGAUCAAGCGGGGCCCGUUGAGCUCCUAUUGGCCCACAACAACCAAGUGGAUAUGUACGAAGUGUCAAGUUCCAUGUGUCGCAUUCUCUUCAAUAUGCCCAAAGCCAAUGAUAUCCUACUAUUCAUGACUAUCCUGUCGACGGACUUACGGUCUUUGAAAAGACGUGGAUACAAUGUGGAUCGGAUUCUGAGGCAACAGCAAGCUCAGCGAGCUGCUCAAGAAGAAGCCAUGCGCAAGAAGGCUGAAUCCACAGCACUCGUCCCAAAUCACGACGUCAGCUCUGAGAAAUCCUCACUCUCAGGGCAAACUGCAACGCAGCCACAAGAUCUGUUACCGCCCUCAGCGGGCCCUGCGAGCACCAAGGCCUUUGACGUGGCUAAGCGAUUGUCUGAUGCUCGCCAUUCUGAUACCUGGAAACGCUUUCAGAAUGCCUUCACCGGCGUCGGGGCGGCGUCUCCUGAACAAGCGACCCCACCACCGGACGCUAGACGAACGGGGGCUGGGGCUGGGGACAACGAGUCAAUAUCCAUGAGCGGAAGCAAAUCCACGUCGCCUGUGCCUGUGGGAAGUGGCCCCGUCAAGCGCAAUCCUCCGGGCUAUGUAACACCAAAGAACAAGAUAUCUUCUGUCAUCGAUAUGGCGAUCAGCGCCUGUAAGGAGGAAAAGCAAGAUCAGAUCCAGUCACGAGAGAACCAGCAGAUGGUCAAGGAAGCGCUCAAUGAGGGCUAUUGCGAUGGUACAGGAGAGUCUCUCAACUUGUCCUUGAUUGGCACCAUGGAAGACCUCAAGGUUUAUGCUGCAAGGGAUGUCGCGAAUGUCGCAUCCAUCAUGGAGACCAAGCGCGAUAUGAUUGCCCGCUUCAUUUAUGUCGUCCUUCCGCUUCUAGAAGUGUACAAGCUACCUCGCAGCAGCAUACACUUCUACUUCGACAAGACUGGGCAGCGUAUUGCGUUCAAUCGCAAUGCCAGCCUGUUCUUGAGUCUGCGGUAUUUCGAGGCUUGGCAUGACAAGGAUGUACAAGGAGGAAACAUGAAGGAGGCUUUGAUUUCAUGGUAUUUCACGCUAGCGCAUGAAAUAGCGCACAACAUCGUCGGGCCUCACAAUUCGGAGCACGAGUUCUAUUUUUCAGCCAUUUCUGAGGCAUCUCUACCAGCUUUCGUCACAUUGCUCUCGACUCGGACCUGAUGCAGUGUAUAUCUAUAACGCACGACUCCACUCCGGACCCGGAUGACAGACUUGAUGUACUACCAGUUCUUAUGGAUCCUGUAUUAUUAUUGUUUCAGGAUAGGCAGUCUGAUACUGGUAUACUUAUAUCUGCAUCAUAGUGAGGCCAACGUAGUGCAGAACUGACAGAGGCUGCUAAAGCCAAUGGGGGCAAAAUGCUACUUAGUUC